AUGCCGAAAAAGAUCAGUGACAGGGAACUCAAGAAUCUGAACAUCGAUACACAACAGCCAUUGCUGGGAAAACGCAACAACAGACCUUCGAGACCUGGGCCAGGACAACCUAAGGCUCAAACCUCUGUUGCCUCUCUCCCACCUGCUCCUCAGACUCCCUCUCGGCCCCAUCAGAGAACUGUUGAUCCCAAUCUAGCACUUGCCGUGCAAACGCCCUUGCCUCUUUCACCAGAAGUACUUGCGUCACAGUCUGGAACACUUGCACACGUCAGAAAGAUCGGGCCAUUCCGCAUUAAAACGCAAUUUACGUUUGGACUGGAUCUGGCCUCACAUAUUAAGGUCCAUCCUGUCAUCUCCUGUGUUCACCUUGAGCCUGUUCUCCUAGACGCCUUUCGACGGUCCCAGCUGCCGCCGCCGCCUGUGGAAGUGGACGGCGAAGAAAGAUUCGUCAUCGAUCGGCUCUUGAAGAAGGAAAAGAAAGGCACCUUUUACCGUGUCCGAUGGAAAGGUUACGGUCCUCAGAAGGCUCAUGGAUCGAACGGGAUGAGCUACACUCUCAAGUCCCAGACCUCGUCGAUGUCUUUGACGCACGGACUCUCCCUCGACCUCGUCGACGCUGAUCAUGUCACUCCUUGA